CCCUGGGCUGCUGAACUCCGCAGAGCCUAGCCGGGGGCCCCCCGUCUCGAAAUGAUCUACGCUCCAGCGUAGGCCAAGUAGUCGCCCUUCUCGAAGUUCCAGGCAAAAUAUAGUCCUCAGAAAGCCCACAGAGAACUGGAGGAAAAGGCGGAAGGCCCCGGCCUCGAGUACCGUCCAGUCUCUUGGUCCCGUUAGUAAGUGACGGACCCGCCCAAAGGGCGGCGACUCUCCGGCCCGAGUCGUGGCUGUGCUCUGCAUUACGAGGCGGACAGAGAGACAAUUUAUUCCAGGACAGAAACCAGCUCCAGUCACGCUGCAGAAGGAUUGGCAGACUGGGAUCCUUUGGAGCUCACCUGCCUUCCCAAUGGCUGAACUGUGGAAAUACCUCCCUGAAGAAUUACUGUCACUGAUCUUCCGAUUCUUGCCCCUUCGUGACCGAUAUUCGGUUUCCCAGGUCUGUCGGGCUUGGGCCACUGCUGUCAACUCAAGCUCUGUGUGGUACAUCACGGAUAUCAGCUGCGAACUGGAGGCAGAUACGGCUGCCUUGAAUUGUCUGUCCCCCUGCCUCGGCCAGAUCCGCCACUUGGGGCUGGAGUUUGACCCGUCCAGGGAGGGGAGCCGGCGGGCAGCCACGGAGCUCCUAACUGCCUUGGCCCAGCAGGGUCCCGGCCUGCAGGGGCUGCGCAUUGCUUGCAGAGGCGAGAACCCGCUCUUCUACUCUGGCCAAGAUAUCCUGAACGGACUGCUCCAAGUGUGCGCAGCAGGGCCUCCGGGCCUGUGCGCGCUCCGACAGCUGGAUCUCAGAAGCAUGCCUUUCACCCUGGACGACGGGCUAGUGCUGCAGGUGGCGCGGGCCUGCCCGGAGCUCCGAGGCCUUUUCCUCAACAACAGGACGCUGGUAUGCAACGUCCGCCCGGAGACGGUGCGCACGGUCCUGGCUGCCUGCCCUCACCUGUGCGCUCUAGGUCUCUACUACGCCAGCCUGUCAGCCCAGGUACUGGCCACCCUGGCCGAGCCAGACCGCCCACCUUUCCAGUACCUGGCCGUGUUCUGCGCCCGGCUUGACAAGUACGCCGAGGGCAUACCCGACGACGCGUGGGCCGCGGUUCGAAAGCGUCACCCGGGGCUUGCGGUGGACCUCGAGCUGGACCAUACGGUACCUGAUGAGCGGGUCACCCUCGUCCUGCAGCCAGCCAUCCCCGUGACCACCCUGAGGCUCAAUACGUUCGGCGAGGUCGCUGAAGCAGUGCGCCUCGCAGGCCGCCACUACGCUGCCACCCUGACAGCCUUGGUCGUGCGCGCCACAGCCUCAGCCGCCCUGAACUCGGCGCUAGAGGAGCUGGCGCGGUGCUGUGGCCACCUGCGCGAAGUUCAUUGCUACUGCGUGGUAGUGCCCGCUGUAGUGAGUGCUUUCCUCACCCACUGCCCCUACCUCCGCAGCUACACUCUCAAGGUCACUAGGGAGCCGCAUCCUUGGCGGCCCAGGAUUGUCAGGUGACGAGCUUUAACCCCAGGCUGAGAGGAACCGCGGAGUCUGCAUCGCGGAUUUCCUAACCCUACAGCUAAUCUAGACAGUGUGUUGUGGUGGAAAGAGGUCAAGUUCAAACCCAUCUCUACCUCUUAUUUACAGUGUAACCUAAGGCAAGUUUCCUUCCUCACCCUAGGCCUCAUUUUCCUUCUCUGAAAAGAAGGGGUUCGGAUCAUAUCAUUUCUAAAGUCCUCCCCAGCUCUAGAUCCCAGGAUCUGCGCUGAGGAGCAGACGUGCUAAUCCCAACUUCGUGGAUUUUAGGGCCCUUAGCUGUGAGAACAAGAGGAAGGACAUAUCUGUGCCUUUGUGCUUACUAUGAGUACAUACGGGGUUAGAACCACAGAAAAUCACAUCCUGGGAUGGGGGGAGGGAGAUCCAAAAACCACUUAGUCCAGCUCCCUCAUUUUAUGGAUAAGAUCCAGAGAGAAGAUUCAAGUUGGUCAUGGCCACACGAAUAGGUGCCAGAGAACUGGAGCCACCGAGGUAGACACCACCUCAGGCAAUAUGAUUUUCUAAGACCUGGGCCCUAGAAUCUCCCAGUAGCUAGGUUUCUCAAUAGAAUAGCCUUUUCCCUAGUUUAGGAGACCACCCUUUCUACCGGGUCCUAACAGGCAGUGAGGUGUAGCUGUAAGAAUACUGGAGUGAAUUAUAGCAACACAAUUCCUGUAUCCAAAUCUAUGUGCCUUUCUUCUGUGACCCAGAUGUGGUGCACAAACACGCCCACACAUAUUCAGACUCACAGACAAGACUACACACCAACAUCUUUAAAGUAAAAGCACUAGCUUAGGAGUCAGGAGGACUAGGUCUGCCAUUCACUAACAACCUUGGGCAAGUCACCUUCCUCCCAGGCCUACAGUUUCUUCAUCAAACAAGGAGCUAGAACGAUCUUUCGGCUGUCACAUUAAUCAAUGUCUCUGUAUCCUGGGCCCUCCAAGAAUUCAAUUUUCAGAGAGGUAAGAAAGCAAAACUGAGUCCAGGGAGAGAAGAUAUAGGAAGGUACCCAGGGUGCAGGAAAGGAGGAAGGGGGGGAUGCCUGUGCAAUGUCACUUAAAAUAUUUCAUACAUGUUCCUAUUUUUAAGGUCAGAAAAUUCUGCUUUCCGUGACCCAUAGGUAUUUUAAUGAGAUCAUAUGUGAAGGACUGUAACCGUGAUGGACAGACACACACAGGAAUUUCCAAACCUUCUCUGAAGUCUUGAAUUGACUCUGAUUGAGAGUGAUCCAGAUCAGGAGCUUUGGAAAUAUUGGUCAGGGGACUCUCCAUGUUAACAUGGUCAAAGGGAGGACAUCAAUAAAGUCUUCCAAAAUGUUUUGCUUUCUGCUGGUCCCAGCUGCUGGAGGCUGGGAUGCAUGAGGCAGCACAGAGUAGUAGAAAGAAUGUUGGACUUUAAGCAAGAGAAGACUUGGGCCCAGCCCUGACACUAAUUACCUGGGUGACCUUGGAUAAGUCACACCAUCCCUUUGAGACUCAGUUUCCACCACUCAGUAAAAUAUUUGCACUACUUGCCUCACAGGGUUGUUUUGAAGAAAAAGUAUUGUAAAUCAUAAAUAAUUAUGG